AUGCCCCGAGCCACCUCCGACACGGACGCCCAGCACCGCCGCGCCAAACUCCGUCCGCCGUGGCCCGCGGCCGCGUCCACGUGCGCCGCCCACACGCGCCCCGAGUCGCUGCGCGCCCGCGACGAGCAGGAGGUGCUCGACGUGCUGCGCGCGCAGUUCCGCCACGAGCAGCGCGUGACGUCGGACGACGUGCGGUUCGUCGUGCGCGCGGUCGCCAGUCACGAGGGCGCCGCCGACCUGCCGCCCGACUUUCCCUCCACGCGCUGGAUCCUCGCGUUCAAGCGGGCGCACGGCUUUGCGCCGCCUGCCACGAGCGCCGCGUCCCGCGGGCCCGAGCGCCGUCUCAACGCGGACAGCCGCAGCAGUCGCCACGUCGGCCGCAGCAGCAGCUGCAGCAGUGACGACGACGACGACGUCCACCGCGACGCGACCAGCGGCGGCCCGUGCGCGAGUCGCUUCGCACUGGUGCACGCGCCCCACGAGGACGCGCGAGGCGGCGGCAGACGCGGCCCACUGGACGUCCGCGACGCGCCGCUGCUGCAGCGCACGCGCCGACAGCAACACGAGCGGCGGUCGCUCGUCGUGCACGGCCGGCGCGUCGGCGCUGCGUGGCCGCCGUGCGACCAGACGACGUGGGACCGCGAAGACGUGGGCUCGAACGCCAGCAGCGGGAGCGGCGACAGCGAGAACGGCGCGACGACAGGCGACAGCAGCAGCAGCAGUAGCAGUGCCGGUGGCGUCGCCUCCAGCAUCACGAGCGGCAGCAGCAGCAACAGCACCAGCAGCAGCAGCACGAGACAUGGGUACAAACUGAGCCACACGGUGCCGUCCGAGACGUGGGAAAAGGCCAUUGUGGCCGUCGAGCAGCAGGGAAUGAGUCUGCGCGCGGCGGCCAAAGUCUACGGCGUGCACUUUGCCGCGCUCCACCGCCGCGUGAAGAAGCGGGCGCAGGAAGGCCAGUCGUCCAAGGCCACGACCGGGUACUUCCACCAGCGAGACGAGACCGGCAUUAUGCGCGUCGUCGUAGCCCGCGCCGAGCUGGGCGUGCUCAUGACGUUCGACGAGCUCAUGAACCUCGUGGAGGCCGCGGCGCUGCGGAAGCUGCCCGACAUCUCGGUCAAGCACGCGCGCCACUUGAUGGUGCGCUUCCAGUCCCGCAACGAGCAGGCGAUCCGACACCUGAUCGUGGACUGGCCCCCGCCCGUGGCGGCCGUGUCGGUGGGCGCGGUCGGGAGCCACUACCACUUGGAGCACCCCGGCUUUGUCUACGGGUCCGACUCGGAGGCGUCGUACUCCGCGAGUAUGCAGCGCGCGUUCGCCACUUGUACGGCGAGUGGCGCCGUGACGGCCGCCGUGACGACUGCACCGCUUUCGCCGUUCCUCCCGCCGCCACCGCCGUCGUCGUCGUCGCUGCCGGUGAUUGGCAACAGCUGCGGUCGACCCAUGCUGCCGAGUCUGACGGUCGACCUGAACUUCCUGCGGCCGCCGAUCGCACAGCCGCAACAACUGCAGCUACAGCCGUCACAGCAGCAGCAGCCGUCUUAA